GCCGUUUUCGUCCCAUCAGCAUCAUUCCAGCGAAAGUCGAUUUAAGGGUUUCGCUAGCUAGCCAGCUAUCUCGAUUUCUGUUGAAAGAACUCUGCCUGAAGUUUCGUUCCUGGAAACAUGAAGUUUCUCGUUUUGUUUGCUAUUUUCGCGACCGUCGCUUACGUGUCCGGAGCUAGCGCGCCGCAAGCAAUCUACGAUGGACCGACUUACGAAAUGAGACAAAUUAGAGACGCUGACGAAAAUGAAGAAAUGGGAACGGCGAUUGCCGACGAAUCCACUGAGUCACCCCUUCGACAUCGCAGGGUGACAUGCGACGUUCUGUCAUGGAGUUCAAAAUGGUUGAGCAUCAAUCACUCUGCCUGCGCUGUAAGAUGUCUGGCUCAACGUCGUAAAGGUGGUCGCUGUAUGAACGGCGUCUGCGUUUGCCGAAAGUAAGCUACACACCCGAGAUUCGAAUUUAGCUAUACACUGCCAUGAUCAACUACUGCCCAUUUGGUUUAGUUAUAUAUUUCUCGUAUGUAAUUUUUCUUAGCAUAUAUCUACUCAUUUUCUGUAUUUUAUGCUGCUGUUGCAUUUGUACAGAAAAAUUGAAUAAAUUGAAAUGAAAGAUUAAA